AUGGAAAACGAAAGCUGUUCUUGUUGCUCUCUAGACGCAAUCUUUGAAUCCAAUUGCGGUCAGAUUAAAGCAUGUCCAAAACAUUAUUUUUAUUAUAAAAUCCAAGGAUAUGAACUAAAACGUAUAAAAAUCCCUAUUAACAGUGAAUCCAGACAAAUUUUAUUAAGCUUCAUAACCAAGUUAAAGAAAAGAUAAGUUAAGUUAAAAAGUUAUAAGACCAUGAGCGGAUAGACCACUAGCCUGCAUAUCUGGCCUAGCCCACCAAACCUAAGGAUUACUCUGUAGAUUGCAGCAACCUCUUGCUAAUGCACGUUAGUCUCGAUAAACAAAGACCAAGUGGGUGGCAAAAACCUGUCUAGCUUAAGCAGGGACAGUGAAAACCUUUGGAAGAGAAGCAAAACUUUCCUCUUUAUCAGUCAUCCCCAAAUCUGAAGGCCUACUUCAAAAUCGAUAGAGGCACUAUUUUCAGCUUCAUUGGGACAAAUCCUGCUUCAUAGAGAGUGUGUCUCAGAGUCCUUUCCAUUAGCGCCACAUUUUAUUUCCAAGUUAAAGCAGGAAUGCAUAUAUUGAUUAGAUAAUUUACUUAUCGAAAACUGAAAAAACGAAGAUAAAAACUACGAGGAGGAACUAAGCUGAUUUAAUGAGAUGCAUAAUUACUGCAGCAGAAUCAUCUUGUUUUUUAAUGCAAAUGAAUUUGUUCAAAUGAAACUCAUUUUAAGCCCUUUGGAAUAUUUUUUAACUCAGCCAAAGGAAAAAGCCCUAAAAUAUAUAGAGGAACAUUGAAAUCGAGCAAAUUUAUUAGAAUUUCGUAAAACAGUUAAAUUGCAUUUGUGUGAUUUCAAUUAUUUUAAAUUUAAGGAUCAAAAAUAUAUUCAUGGCUGGGUUUAUAAGUACUCAUACAACAAGCCCCGUCUAUCGAAUUUCUGUAGUAUAAUAUUUUUUGAUUUUAUUAAAAUAUCUGAAUAUGAGAUGGCAUAUGAAUUAUGUCAAAAUCUCAAAAGUUAUUUAGAACUUUAUGAUCAUUCCUCAAUUCAAAAAAUUAAAAAUAUUAUAGAUUUAUUUGGUAAUAUCUUUACAAAAAUUUUAGAAAAAGAAAGCUAUUUUCAGCUUUAUGAACAAUGAAGACAAAUAGCUGAUAAUGAAUCCCAAACAUUAGUCACUAAUAAAAUAAAAACACUUGCUACUAAUGCAUUACAAAAAAAUGCUAAUAAUGCACUUCAAGCAUCAGUUCCUAAUGCAUUAUCAAAACUAUUAGAGCCUUCAUUAAUUAAAAAACCAACUGGCUAUUCUUCAAACAAUUUAGAAUUUUUUUUAUGCUUUAUUUUGGAUCGAGUUCUUUCUAUGAUGUUUAUUGAUAACAAUGUUUCUGAAUAUUGCUAUAAAAUUCUCUGUGAAGUAGAAUACUAUUCUCAAUAUUAUUCUAAAAAUACCGCAAAUAAAAUUAAUCAAGAGUUAGGGUUAUUCUAUUAUGGCAGUAAAAACUAUAGCAAGUCAAUAGUUUGUUUUAAAAACUCUAUUAAUUAUCAUACAGAGCGUCUUCAAGGAGACAAAUGGGAGAAUAUCGUAGGUAUCUGAGAAAACACCAUAGAAUAUUUAAUUGAAGCUUAUCUUUGUUUGGCAAGAGCGUAUAGUGCAUUAAACAAAAAUGAAGAAAUAAAAGAAAUUCUAAAGAUAAUAGAGAUUGGAUUAGUUAAAGAUAAAUUUUUUUAUUGUGCAACAAUUGCAGAGAUUUACUAUCUUCUGAAUGAUUUUGAUAAAGCUUUUGAAACCAUAUGGAAAUGCAUUAAAAUGUCUAAGCAAAAAGAAUUUAUAAACUUUUACAAAUUAUCAAAUUUGUGGCUUUAUUUAGCAGAUAUUCAUACCUGAAAAGGAGAUUUUGAAAAAGCACACCAAUCUCUUUGUAAUGCUAAAUCUUUGUUAAGCAUUUUACCUAAAGCAGAUCCAAACGAGCAAGAAAUGUAUAAAGCAUUUGGAAUAUUCUAUUUAAAUAGGCAGUGAUAUGAUGAGGCUCUACUAUACUUUGGAUUCAUAAAUAAUAGGUGAUCCAAUCAUGAGCUGUUAUUUGCUAAGCUUUCUAUGGGAAUUGUUUAUUUUUGAAUGCUGAGCGUUGAAGAAGCAUGGGAAUUUUUAAUUGAAGCAAAACUAUUCAUGCAUUUUUUUACUGAAAGUUAUAAAAUUUAA